UCAUGAUAAUAAUGGAGCUACCGACGGGGCGGGAGGUGCAUCGUGAGUUGGUCUUGGCAACCUCUGGCAGAUCGCGCCGUCUGUCUUGAUUUCUCCGACUCACGCCAACAUAAACCUCACCAACCAUUCAUUGCUCCUACAGCUCAGUCGCACCCCUCUGGUAACCAAGUCCUUCCAACGGCCUCUUCUGCGCGUCAUGGAACCACUACCUUCCUCCGACCAACCGCAGCAGCCUCCGCCUCCGACUCUCACGAACCCGCGCUUUACCCUCGAGCUAGAAUUCGUCUCCUCGCUCGCUAAUCCCUACUACCUGUCCCACCUCGCCGUGACAUACCCGAAUCUGCUGGGGAUCAACAAAUCCGGUGAUGAUAGCGAUGUAAACAAUGAGUCCGUGGACCCUGACGCCAAAACAUUUGCAGCCUAUCUUGCCUACCUCUACUCCUACUGGAAGACGCCUGAAUAUGCCCAAUUCCUGACUCAUCCCGGUGCAACCCUGCGUGCGCUACGACUGCUCCAGGAGGAGACCUUCCGUCGCGACAUUAUUCGCCCCGACGUCAUUGAGAUGCUAGCGGGGACUGGUAUCAUCAGCGAUCAAGGCGACACAUCUGCGGAGACCGAAGAACAGGAGGGAGAACAAGCCAAGACAAGCUAGAGAUCUCCUAUUGAUACUGGAAAUAGCGGAUGAACCGUGCUGUGCGUUGGGUGGUCGAGGAAUGGUCCAAUCCCUUUCAGGGACAUCAUGUUCGAGCCUCUGCC